CAAAGGGGCUCGUGCCCGUGGUCCACUCUCUGCUCCGCGCUGACGACCAAAUUCACCUCGACCCCCUUUUUCCACACUAGAGGUGCCCCGGAUCGCGACGUGCGACCGGGCGCAACGUCCGUGAAUAAAACCACCCUGUAUUAUUUGUACUCAGUGACGCCCGUUUGGGCGAACCGCGUCGGCAUUGCGGGGACUACAUGUUGAAGCGCGGAAGAGAAAAAAUCCGAGCCGGAUCUACUUGCUCUCACCCUGCCUGUGUGUUGGCUGAAUGGAGGAGCGACUCUUCCUGGUGAAUAAACAGUGACAGCUAUAGGGCAGACACUAAUACCCGUUUCACAGCACGGGCAGACACCUUAUCCUUUACAAUAAAACAGCUCAAAAAUGGCUUCUGACAGUAAACACGUCGCGCAGUUGACAUCUGAGCUGUACUUCCUAAUUGCCCGGUUUUUGGAAGCUGGACCUUGUCAAAACGCGGCUCAGACCCUGAUAAAAGAAGUGCAGGAGAAAGAGUUGCUGCCGAAAAGAACCGACUGGACGGGACAACAACACCCCGGGACUUACGAAAAUUUGGUGAAGCUGUAUGGCCACAUCUCUCCUGAACACCUGCUCCGGAUCUGCGAGGUCGUGGGGCCGCUGCUGGAGAAGGAGGUUCCGGCCAGCGUGCCAGGGGUGCAGUCUCUGCUGGGCACUGGCCGCCAGUCGCUGCUGCGCACUAACAAAAGUUGUAAACAUGUGGUCUGGAAGGGCUCCGCCUUGGCCGCCCUGCACUGUGGGAGGCCCCCUGAGCCACCUGUCAUCUACGGAAGGCCCCCUAACAUAGUGGAGACGUCCUAUGGGAGGCAGCUCAACGGGAAGUACAGACUGGGCCAGCUGGUUCCCACAGCCAUCUACCAGCACAUGAAGAUGCACAAGCGGAUCCUGGGUCAUCUGUCCUCUGUCUACUGUGUCACCUUUGACCGCACCGGCCGUAGGAUCUUCACGGGUUCGGACGAUUGUCUAGUGAAGAUCUGGGCGACCGACGAUGGUCGGCUGCUAAACACGCUGCGUGGUCACGCUGCCGAGAUCUCCGAUAUGGCCGUCAACUACGAGAACACCAUGAUCGCCUCAGGCAGCUGUGAUAAGAUGAUCCGCGUUUGGUGCCUGCAAACCUGCGCACCCCUGGCUGUACUGGAUGGCCAUGGCGCUUCCAUUACCUCCUUACAGUUCUCCCCGCUGUGCAAUGGAGCCAGGAGAUACCUCUCCUCCACUGGGGCUGAUGGGUCUAUUUGCUUCUGGCAGUGGGACGCCAGGACACUAAAGUUCAGCCCAAGACCCAGUAAAUUCACGGAGCGGCCGCGUCCUGGGGUACAGAUGAUCUGCUCUUCUUUCAGUGCCGGUGGAAUGUUCUUGGCAACAGGGAGCACAGAUCAUGUCAUCCGAGUCUAUUUCUUCGGUUCCGGGCAACCGGAGAAGAUAUCAGAGUUGGAAUCGCAUACUGAUAAAGUGGACAGUAUACAAUUCUCCAACUGCAGCGACCGGUUCGUCAGCGGCAGCCGAGAUGGUACAGCGAGAAUCUGGCAGCUACACCAGCAGGAGUGGAGGAGUAUCCUGCUGGACAUGGCUAGCAAGCUCCCAGGGAGCAACCCCCCACCUCUGGAAGACAAAGUAACUAAGCUGAAAGUUACGAUGGUGGCUUGGGAUCGCCAUGACAACACGGUCAUCACCGCCGCGAACAACCUCACCCUGAAAGUUUGGAACUCCUACACGGGGAACCUCAUCCACAUCCUCACGGGGCACGAGGACGAAGUGUUUGUGCUAGAGCCGCAUCCCUUUGACCCCAGGGUGCUGUUCUCCGCGGGGCAUGACGGCAAUGCCAUCGUCUGGGAUCUGGCCAGAGGAGUGAAAAUCCGCUCGUACUUCAACAUGAUCGAGGGACAGGGCCAUGGCGCCGUCUUCGACUGCAAGUGCUCGCCGGACGGCCAGCAUUUCGCCUGCACUGACUCCCACGGACACCUGCUAAUUUUCGGCUUCGGCUCCAGCAGCAAGUACGAUAAGAUUGCAGAUCAGAUGUUCUUCCACACUGACUACAGGCCGUUGAUCCGCGACGCCAACAACUACGUGCUGGAUGAGCAGACUCAGCAGGCCCCACAUCUCAUGCCCCCCCCUUUCCUGGUGGACGUGGAUGGGAACCCCCACCCUUCCCGCUUCCAGAGACUGGUGCCCGGCCGGGAGAACUGCCGGGAGGAGCAACUCAUUCCUCAGAUGGGGGUCACGUCCUCGGGUCUGAACCAGGUCCUGAGCCAGCAGGCAGGUGACGGCUCCAGCCCACUGGACAACAUGAUCCAACGGCUACAGCAGGAGCAGGACCAGCGGCUGUCCGGGGAUGCGGGAGGCAGCGCCCCCAGCAGGGCUACCCGAGGCUCUGUGAGCUCUCCCACAGAGGUGCAUUCCCCACCAAACGUGGGCUUGCGACGCAGCGGGCAGAUUGAAGGCGUGCGGCAGAUGCAUAGCAACGCCCCUCGGAGUGAGAUCGCCACCGAGAGGGACCUGGUGGCGUGGAGUCGCCGCGUGCUGGUGCCCGAGCUGGCCGCCGGCAUUGCCAGCAAGCAGGAGGUGUGGAGGGCGGCCAAGGGCGACGAGGAGAUCAGCAGCUAUCGCAGCGAGCGGCGGCGGAGAUCUCUGGCGAGCCACCUGCAUCGCGAGCCCAAGACCUUCUCCCCACGCUGCCCCCCCGAGCCGGCAAACGACGAGAGCCGCCGCCCCCUGGCCAACCAGCACAACUACCACACUCGCGCCGCCGUGGAGGAGAACAGCCGGCAGAGCGAGCCGGCCGAGGAUGACAACAGCUCCUCUGAGGGUGAAGGAGAGGCGCGGCCCCCAAGCAGGGAGAGCUCGGACGAGGAGAAGGGAGAGAAUGAACCCUGGCCAGACGACAACAGCAGCUCCAGUGACUACUCCAGCGACUACUCUGACUGGACGGCCGAUGCCGGCAUCAACCUGGAGCCGCCGAAGAAGACGGUGCGGCACAAGAAGAAAACGGCGAGCAGUUCCGAGGAGGACGGCGAGAAGAAGAAGGAUAACAAGAAGGACCGAAAGAAAGAGAAGCAGGAGAAGGAUGGCAUACUACCAAAGAAAAAGAAGCCAAAAAAUAAGAGGAUGAAGAGGCUGCCCGUGGGAGAGUUCCAGGACCAAGGCCUAACGCUAGAGGAAUGGCUUCCAUCAGCCUGGAUCACUGCCAUCGUACCCCGGAGGUGCCCCUUCAAUCCACAGAUGGGUGACGAGGUUUACUACUUCCGCCAAGGCCACGAGGCCUACGUAGAAAUGGCAAAGAAGAACAAGAUCUUCAGCAUUAACCCCAAAAAACAGCCUUGGCACAAGAUGGAGCUCAGGGAGCAAGAGUUGAUGAAGAUUGUAGGCCUCAAGUACGAGGUAGGCCUUCCCACGCUGUGCUGCCUGAAGCUGGCCUUCCUGGACCCCGACACCGGCCGGCUCACCGGGGGCUCCUUCUCCAUGAAGUACCACGAUAUGCCUGACGUCAUUGACUUCUUGGUCCUCCGGCAGCAGUUUGAUGAUGCCAGGCACAGACAGUGGAGAAUAGGUGACCGGUUCCGCUCGGUCAUCGAUGACGCUUGGUGGUUCGGCACCAUAGAGAGCCAGGAGCCCUUCCAGCCGCAGUACCCUGACAGCCUGUUCCAGUGUUACAACGUGUGCUGGGACAAUGGCGACACAGAGAAGAUGAGCCCAUGGGACAUGGAGGUCAUCCCCAAUGAUGCUGUGUUUCCUGACGAGCUGGGCCAGAGCGUGCCCCUGACGGAAGAGGAGCAUCGGCAGCUGCUUUACGUGCCACUGGAGGGCGAGUGGGGGUCCCGCACACGCAAUGAUGAGUGCGAGCGCAUCAUCGCCGGCAUAGACCGCCUCUGCACACUAGACCUUGCCGCCCCAUUCGCGUCCCCCGUGGAUCUGCAGGCAUAUCCCACUUACUGCACCGUAGUGGCCUAUCCGACGGACCUCAGCACCGUCAGGGAGAGGCUAAAGAACCGCUUCUACAGGCGGAUGUCAUCGCUGAUGUGGGAGGUCCGCUACAUAGAGCACAACGCACAAACCUUCAACGAGCCGGGAACAACCAUCGUCAAAACAGCCAAAUUCUUUUCAGAUUUAAUGCUGCAGUUCAUAAAGGACCAAAGUUGCACCGAUAUUAUUCCUCUGUACAACAGUAUGAAGAAAAAGACUUUCUCUGACACUGAAGAGGAGGAGGAAGAGGAAGAGGACACUGAUGCUCCCGGAACGUCCACACGCAAGAAGAAGGAGCACAAGCCGAUCCUGAGGAAGCUCAGGAACAAGGCGCAGUCGUACGACAUAAAGGCCUGGAGGAGUCGCUGCAAGGAGCUGCUGGACCUCAUCUUCCAGUGCGAGGACUCGGAGCCCUUCCGUGAGCCGGUGGACCUGCAGCUAUACCCGGACUACACAGACAUCAUCGACACGCCAAUGGACUUUGGCACGGUACUGAAGACGCUGCUGGCUGGAGACUAUGAAUCCCCCAUUGACUUGCGCAAAGACGUGCGGCUCAUAUUCAGCAACUCGAAGGCGUACACGCCCAGCAAGAAGUCUCGGAUUUAUAGCAUGAGUCUGCGGCUCUCGGCACUCUUUGAGGAGCACGUGUCGUCCAUCAUCUCCGACUACCGCUCCGCCCACCGCUUCCAUUCAGCCAAUAAGCUGACCAGGCAACGACUGAAGCGUCGCCGGAGCUCCUCCCUCUCCAGCAGCGCCGCCUCCAGCCCAGAUCGCAAGCGCCGUGCAGCCCGGGCCCCGCAGUCAACAGCCCCCAGCGUGUCCCCCCCAUCGCUGGGCCCCUCUCGUCCUCCGGCGCUCAGACAGAACCCGUCCCAGAUGAACGGGAGGGUGGAGGCCCUGGCAGCUGUUCGCACGCGUAGUGCCACGCGUCAUGGCAACCAUACGGCUGCUGACCCAGCAUCAUCACCAUCAUCAUCAUCAGCCAAUCGAGAGCUCUCUGGCAGAAGCAAACCUGUGACAGAGACGCCAUACAAGUAUCUGAGAGCCCAGAACUCCAUCUCCUCCCCAGGUCUCUCCAGCGACGCAGAAAAUGCCCGGGGCUUCUCACAGACCUCCGACAGUGCCACAAACUCAGUGCGGCGGAAAUUGAGGCCUGCAACACUCCGUCGCCCAGUGACCCCCCAGCAGAGUCCUGGCACCCCCAACAGCGUCCAGCUUAAUGGCCAUAGCAGUCACCUGACACUGGCCAUAGGGCGGCGAGGGCACAGGACCAAGUUGGAGACCCCCAUGAAACAAGAGGUUGUCGUCAAGCCACCGGGGAAAAAGCGAGGGCGCAAGAGCAAGAAGGAGCUGGAGGCGCUGCGGGGAGCGGGGCAGUGGAACAGCACGGAGACUGAGGAGGAGGAACAGUCUGCCAGCGAUGAGGCUGGGAAUGCUACCUCUGCUACAGUGGUGGGGAUUAUGGACGCAGGCCGGCCGCGGAGGGGAAGAAAGCCCAAGAGUUUGAAGCCACCGGAGGAGUGUCCGGUCAGCCAAGACCCCUCCAGUCCCAGGAUCCUCCGGAGGAGCAGCAGGAGGCAGAAUGAGGAGCUUCCGGCACCAGCAGCCCCGCAGGAGGACAUAGGAGGGGCGUCGGAACGUGUGCAGCCGGAGGUGGAUGAGCAGGGCGAGGACGAUGGGGGCGUCAAGGCGCCGAUGAAGACGCGGAACCAGGGCCGCAGGACGGCUUUCUACAACGAGGACGACUCCGAGGAGGAGCAGAGGCAGCUGCUCUUUGAGGACGCCUCCAUCACUUUCGGCACCUCCAGUAAAGGCAGGGUGCGAAAGCUGACUGAGAAAGCAAAGGCCAACCUGAUUGGCUGGUGAGAAGGGGAUGUAACUGAUGGACAAGGCAGAGCCCAACCUGAUUGGUUGGUGAGAGGACAUAACAGACGGAGGAGUCCAGGUCGAACUUGAUUGGCUGGAUGACUUUCUCCGUGAUGUCCUGGCAAGAGCCCCCAAUCCCACCCCACCCCCCACCCCGGACAAUGCGAAACUUGCUGCUAAAUGCUGUGCAUCCAGUGCUGAACCGGCGCAUGGGACCAAAACCAGGGCCCUUAGACGGCCACACUUUGAUAAUGUGUCUCCCUCACUCACGCUCACUAUUACACAUGCUACAGUUUUAGCCUUCACACGCAAUAGCCACAAUACAAGGUCUGAUGGAAAUUUCAGACGCUCCUCUUGAGCGAGAUUCUGAUUUUGACCGACAUCAGUCCCAUGUCAUCAGUUGUGCGGCAUGAGGAUUAGCUGUCGGCCAGCAGGGGACUACACGUCACUAACAGUGGGCAGGAAUGGCUUGGCCCGUGCAUGCCCAUUCAGUGUGGUUGCAGAGAUCUGAAGGGGAGCUGCUGUUUCACUUUAUCCAGCCUGUGAAAUGGCUUUACUAAAGGUCUGGGAUUUCUCAAACAGAAUUCUCUUUUUUUUUUUUUUUUUUGUCUCUAUAGCUCAGACUGACUUGAAAAUGUUGCUCUGUGCUCAUCAGCCUUUUAUAAUCGUGUUUUUGUACGGUUUCUACUUGCGCAUCAUACCUUCUCGUGUUUCCGUGAUUUCAGUCGGAGCGUGCCAGGCGAGGCCGCAUAGGGUGAAGGGAGAUUGAAGCCCCCCCCCCCCACCGGUCUAGGUCCACCCCCAUUCUGUGAUUGUUCCACUGUAACAGCCCUGUUAAAAGCAGUGCCAUAUCUCUUGUCAAACUUAACUAUUUAUCCUGUAUCUUGCUGCUCCGGGGGUUGGAAAUUGCCGGAACAUUGACAGUUAUUUUUGAUUUUGGUUAUUUUUCUUUACAUAUAUAUAUACAUACACACACACACCCCAGCGAAUCAGAGGUAGAUAUGAUAACUCCAUCCCAGUUGUGAUCUCACUAUUUAUUUAUUUAUUUUCAUCCAAAGCGACCUGGCAUUCUCCUCUGGCCAUUUCAUACAGCUGUAUACUUCACCUUGUUUUGAAGUAUACGUUUCAGGCCCUUCCAGGGACUAGAACUCACAGACUUCUGGUUUCUUGAAUCCUUAUCCACCAUCCCACCUGCAGCUUGGCCAUAUGGAGUAAAAAAAUGUACAGUGACCUCGUACAAUACAUUUAGAACUUAAAACAACAAAAAAAAAUCAUAACAGCAUGGCUAGUUUUAGGGAAUUGUCUUUUACAUUUGUUUUCAAUUUAGUUUUUUUUUUCAUUAUAUAACACACUUCAGUCCUGAAUAUUAAGAGUAAAUACAGACUUUACAUUUAGCAAUAAAUUGUGCCUUUAUAUGGUUUAACAUGAAUCAUUCAAUCUUAAACGCAUUUUUAUUUAAACCAUUUUACUGGCAGGCUGCUAUAGUAUAGCUGAGAUUUUCCGAGGACCACGUCUUUAGAUUUUGCCUCCCCGUCUGCGGCAGCUGGCAGUUUCGGGUGACCAAGCGGACGCAGUUUGUGCGGAGAUCUGCCUCUCGGUUACUGCAGGCCUCUCGGUCAGAUCUUCCGACGGGACGUUUGGUUCAUUAGCUUUUCGUACUGAAGGAAUUGGCGUAAAUCUGGUACAGAGAAAAUAAGUAUCACGUGUUGCUGGUUUGUUCGAGCGUUUAGUCACCAGACGUCUUUUAAUAUCUAGUAAAAUGUUGAGCAUGCAGCGAAUCUGAAAACGCACAUUGCGGAUCCAGCCGUGCAGUUCGAGAGAAGCGAACUGAUUCGGAUAUCCCACCGAGGACGGAGCUCUAUAGAUGCAUUUUCCCAAAGAAAGUUUUUCUUUUCUUUGUAAAUGAUAUGUGAAUGAGGAAAUCAGUGGUGGUACUCCCGAACGGAAUGUCAGCGGUUUGGAGAGACGAGUUUCAAUUUUAUCACGUAGGCUAAUUAAAACACUGUUUUAACUGUUGUUUGGCUGCUGAAUUUAAUAUUAACAUAGGCCACUAUUCACCCAUGCACAGUUUUACAGAGAGCAUUACCUUGGGUAGAAGGAUGAAAGGAAAAUACGGAAUAAGUUGGGUGAGACAUCCCGGUAUCCCGCAGCUUCUCCCGAUUGGUAUCGGGAUAAUGCAGUUUGGUUUUGCAGCAUUUUGGUACGUUAAAGAAGUACAACUCGUAUAGGACGGUGGUCCCUCGACCUCGGCUAGUGGUGAAGCCGUACGUGAUGGGUACACGAAGCCGAAAUUAUGCGGAUGCGACAGGUUUUACGGCGUCGGCUUGGGGGGAGCGGUGGUCCCUGCUACACGGCAGCCGAGGCGGCGAUGUCGUGCUGGUCACGAUGGACGGCCGGCGUAAUUGAAAUGGCAUCAUCAUAAUGGCACUAGGGCUGCCCCGCUCCCGGAGUUUUUGUCAUACGGGGACCUUCGUGCCCGCAGAAAUUCGGCUUAUGCUCAUUGUCUGCUGGGACUGAAUGGGGGAAUCUCAAGGCAUUUUCUCACUCUGUUAAAAAUGCUGAUUCCUUUGUCCUUGACGAAUUUAAAUUCAUAUCAGGAAACGCAAGUCCAGGGAAUUUCCAUUGUAGUGCGCCCACGGCUUGAACUAAUUUUCUAGCGUGAUUUUUCUCAUUUCUCAUUUCUGUCGAAUGGAUCUAGGUAUUAAGGAACGUAGUGAUAAAACAAAACGUAAUAAACAGUCGGUGUGGUACAGGGUGUCUUUAAACAAGAAAGUGAAAUUAAGAAGGAACAUCUCCAAGCUGGUGGCUAAGGAAAUAUCAACCAAGGUGCCUGUUGGUGGUGGGGCUGAACACGGAUCUUAUGAGACACUAGACAUGUUCCAUUGUCAUCCCAUUUCUCAGCCGUUUAACCUUCGGUUUUAUGUAAGUUUGGGAGUAUGACACAUUUGCCAAAGACUGACAUGGACCUGAAGUGUUUGUGUGCCGGAGGAGAGCCGAGGUGGUGUGGACCCAUUUCCCGGUGUUGGUAUGUUGUAGUGUGGGCCCAACCAGAAUGACUGAAAAGGUUGGCUUGCACUUCAACGCCAUUGCAAAACCUUGGAUGACCUAAGUUUAUCUCUUUUCUUUUCCUUUUUUUUAUAAUAAUGAUUAAAAAGAGUUGUCCAAUGUAUUUCAGAUGUCCAUAGUAUAUACAUGUGUUGAUACUACAUAGCCAAGAUAUUAUAUAAAAUACCUAAGGUACAGCAAAUUAUUUGUUUGUGUAACUUUAAUAUGCACUUACAAUAUUUGGAGUUUAAUACAUUGUUUAUUUCUUAGGAAAAAUAUCUAGAUUAGGUUAACCUCCUAUAUUUUUUGUAAAAUCUUUUUAAAGUGUUUUUCCUCUUCGUUUGAUUGUGGCCACAUCUCCGUCAUGUGCAGCCAUGUUUCAUUGAGCAUUGCAUGGAUUUUAGCUGCACUUUUUCAGGCAUGUCUAAUGCUGACGCAGGAGAAGCAUUCCCAGAAAAAAUCCUGUUUGAUGAUUGUGCCUUGUAUACUUUGGGAUUUUUUGUUUUCUUCGCGUCUUUGCAACGCAGGACGUGCUGGGGGUUAGGGGUGCGUUUCUGUAAAUGAUUAAAGGUGUUCGACGCCUCCGAGGCUGGGUUUGGACAUGUAUUGUCCAGACCAUGUGCACUGUGUGGUUCUGUACUUAACAGCAGCCUGUCUGCUUUUAGAGGUUUUUUUUUUGUUAUUGCCAAAAAACAUUUUACUGAACACUGUAGUACAGUCCUGCUACCUUUAAAGGACCUUUCAUGAAUGUCUUAAUUUGUUCUCUCCUUAUUUCAUUUAAGCAGGUUCAGUGAACCAAAUACAUGUUUGGUAAUACACUGGAAGCUUAACAUGGUACAAGUCACGAUGCGGCGAUCUAUACUGUGUAGGGAAAUUGACGUGUAAAUACGAUGCUUGUUACAUGCUGUCGCUGUAGUGUUUUGUCAUAUCCUGUCAUUAUACGAGCAGGUAUACAGUAGAUAUAUUGGUGCAUUUAAUUGUGCUUAAAUGGUAUAUAUAUUUUUUUUUUUACCAUUACUUAUGAUUUCUCCCUCUCCUUUUAAAACAGACAGACUGCCUGUUAACGUAUUGUACAUGAUGUAUGUAACACGUUCCAAAAUCACAGAGAUGUGUUUGUGACUUAACUGUGGGGCGGGGGAGGGAUCAGCUAAGGAUUCCCAAAAGUGUGUGAAAACCGUGUUGUACCCCCACCCGCAAAGGGAUUUCCCUGCUUCCAUCUCUCCCUAUGCUGAUUUCAUUUUAGGUUUUCUUACUGGCUGUUUGGAAGAUUUUGUCCUACUGUGGAGGGUUGGGGGAGGGGGCUUUCUAUGUUAGUUUGUAUACUUUUUUAAGAAAAAUACCCAAAGGCAAAAAAAAACCUCACCUAGAAUGUAUGUGUAGAGUACUGCUGUCAUAUUAGUACAUAACUGAUAUUUUUAAGAAAUAAACAGUUGUGUUUCCA